AUGGAGCUAAACGAUGCCGAGCUGUACUCUCCUCUGGAGGGGGACUCAACUGGAAGUACAAAUUUACGUUAUGGUAUCACUUUUUCCACAUCACCGGUGCCCGAGCUAUUCGUUUUGGCAGAUUUUGAUGCAGAAGCUAGCCAUAAAGCCUCCUUCUUGGCCGCCUUCCAUAGCACAUCAGUGCAGGUACCAGUAAAUCUGGAUGAGGCUGAUUUUGCGCUUUGA